AUAACGGCUAAUAAUGGCUAACUAGGGCUAAAUAACGGCUAAUAACGGCUAAUAACGGCUAAAUAACGGCUAAUAACGGCUAACUAGGGCUAAAUAACGGCUAACCAACGGCUAACUACCUGCUAAUAACGGUUAGCACUGAGCUAGUGUUGAGCUGGGAUGGGAGACUAAACCUUCUGUUCUCAUUCUGGGACAAAGUUACAUUAUUUUCAAUAUGAGUGAUUUUAUAUGGAGAUGAAUGGGAGCUAACUGCUAACAGCAUAUACCUGUGUGAUAUCAAUGAGUGUCACAGUUCAUAUGAGCAGCAGUGAUGAGCAGCAGAAGCCGCAGGUCCUGUAUGAAGAGUCGCUCCAGCUGUUUGGGAGGUAAAGGACGAUUUUCCAGAGUGACUCUACAGAAGCCUGGAUGGACAAAAGACGAGGAUGAGAAGCUACACAGACUGGUGAAGGAGUUUGGAUCACACAACUGGUCUUCAGUUUCUCUGCAUUUCAAAGGCCUACCUGUCUCUGCUGUGUCUCAGGGUCAAAGGUCAGAUGUGGAGUGUCAGCGGAGGUGGCAGCAGAUAAAGAAUCCAGAGCUGGUCAAAGGUCCUUGGACUCGGGAGGAGGAUGAGAGGGUCAUUGACCUGGUUCAGAAGUACGGCGUGAAGCGCUGGUCGCUCAUCGCCAAACACCUGCACACUCGUAACGGGAAGCAAUGCCGCGAGCGCUGGCACAACCACCUGAACCCGACGGUGAAGAAGAGCGGCUGGACGCUGGAGGAGGACCGCGUCAUCUGUCAGGCCCACAGGCUGCUGGGAAACCGCUGGGCCGACAUAUCCAAGCUGCUGCCUGGCAGGACAGACAACUCCAUCAAAAACCACUGGAACUCCACCCUGAAGAGGAAGGUGGAGAAGGAGGGAUACCUGCAGCUCCUCCACCUCCACCAUUCCUCCAACACCUCCUCUAACUCCUCCAGCUCCUCCUCCUCCACCAGACCAGCAUCCAGGACCUGCGGCCCCCCCAGGACAGCCAACAUCUCCACCAAGCAGGCAGACAGUCUGUCCAGUGUGAAGGACGAGUCCAGCUGCUCCUCCGCCGAUCAGAGCCUGUGCGAGCGCCGUAGAAACCACGUCCACCUGUGCUCCGUCUGUGUCCCCGCAUCCUCGGGUUACGGCUCCUCACUGAGCGUGUGCGAGGUGACGGCGCCCGCGGAGCUGAUGGAGGCGAACACAGAGGAUGUGACCACCUGUCUGUACAGAGAGGACACCGACCCGUCAGUCAUCGAUCUGAGCAGCAGUUAUGUUGCAGGUGUGAAGGAGCAGCUGAUGAACAGUGAGGUUGCAGCUUCCUUCAUUGACUCCACCUCCUCCUGGACCAGAAGCAGCACGGUGGGGGCUCUGACCUUCUCCCCCUCUGAGCUAUUCAGCCUGUGUGGUGUGGAGGAACUGAAGUUACAAUGUCCAGCUCUCACCUCCACCCCCGUCUGUUCCUUCAAACACUCUGCCAACACCAACCAGGACCACUCCCUUCUGCACUGCAGCUACAACCACAUCAGCCAGACGCGCUCGGAGACCAGAGAGAGGAUGAGAGCGUUGUGGAUGUCGGCUCCUCAAACACCAACACCACUGAAGAUCAACAGCAACCAGAGUCAGGACGAGGUGUCAGUUUGUUCGAGCAGGAGUAUGAACCUGACGUGGGAGGAGCCAAGCGUGGAUCCUGACAGCCAACAGUCCAGCAGCAGCUCAGAGGUCCAGGGAGAGAGUCUGCUGAGCUCCAUUCUGCAGGUCCAGAGAGAGUCCAGCUCCAUUCUGCAGGUCCAGAGAGAGUCCAGCUCCCCCUCAGAGGUCCAGAGAGUGUCCACCUCCGCCUCACAGGUCCAGAGAGAGUCCAGCUCCCCCUCAGAGGUCCAGAGAGAGUCCACCUUCGCCUCACAGGUCCAGAGAGAGUCCAGCUCUCCCUCAGAGGUCCAGGGAGAGUCCAGCUCCGUCUCACAGGUCCAGGGAGAGUCCAGCUCCGCCUCACAGGUCCAGAGAGAGUCCAGCUCCCCCUCAGAGGUCCAGAGAAAAUCCAGCUCUCCUUCAGAGGUCCAGAGAGAGUCCAGCUCCAUCUCACAGGUCCAGAGAGAGUCCAGCUCCGCCUCACAGGUCCAGAGAGAGUCCAGCUCCCCUUCAGAGGUCCAGAGAGAGUCCAGCUCCGUCUCACAGGUCCAGAGAGAGUCCAGCUGUGUCCCGGGCUGUGAGGAGUUUGGCUGCUUCCCGUUGGAUGGACAGAUGGAGGUGUGGUGGUGUCAGCAGCCAGUCGGGUACCUGCACUCUCCUGAAUGUCCUGCAUACAGACUGAACCCCUUUGAGCUGAGCGGGGAGCUACAGCUGGUGAUGUUUGGAAAAACAGACGAUCAGAUGAGUCUGACGGAGCAGGCCCGACUCUACGUGGAGCCGUGAUCAUCGUCAUCAUCGCCAUCGUCACCGUCAUCACCAUCACCAGUAACAGCAGCAGCAGUAGUAACAACAGCAGCAGCAGGAGCAGCAGCAGUAGUAACAACAACAGCAGCAGCAGCAGCAGGAGUAACAACAGCAGCAGUAAUAACAACAGCAGUAACAGCAGCAGCAGUAGU